AUGAAGUCCUUUCGGGUGAGAUGGCCAUUGCGAUCCAGGAAGCUCCGUAAAAAAGGGGAGCUAGACACUGCCGCCGAAGACAGCGAUCCUCUUAUCCUUAGCGCGGUUGCUGACGAUUCCGGGGUGAAAGGAAGACAUGGGAUGAAAGUAGAACAGAUUUCACUUAAAGAUGAUAAAAAAAGUGACAAAAUAUCCUCGCCACAGGUUGGAUUUUCUUGGGGAAAAGCGCAAGAGUAUGGUGUUGAAGCCUUCGACGCUUCUUCAUCGGCGCCAGUGACGGUGACCUUCAUGGAGAAAAAGAGCCUUUGGGUGCGAGCAGAACAGCUGCUACGCGAGGAUGAUAAGAAAAGGAGAAUCUGGCAAGCAUCUUUGGAUAUACUCGAGGAAGAAUUCGGAUCUCGACUUCAGCCAACUGGGAAGACAGAUCUCCGGCGGCAGUUCUGCAAUUUAUUGGACGCCAAAACUCGCGAUCUAGAAGGGAAGAAGUGGUCAGUCCGAUUUGGUGACCACACAAUCGCGGUCAAAGAUCAGCUCAUUCGUGUUUUCCAAAAUGUAUUGAUAGCCAAGGAUGCGAUCGGGCACGCAGCGAAUCUGAGCCCGCCAGCUGCAAUCGCUUGCGCUGGGGUGACCGUUGUUCUGUCACUUGUUGUCCAAGCUGCUGAGCAGCAUGCCGCGCUUUUGCAGGGACUAGAGUCGACCUCUGCGUUGAUAAGUCGCCUUCGAGUCGUUGAAGAGAUCUACUUAUCCCGUGGGUCGUCUCAAGCCGCCCAGUUUGGGACCGAGUUUGAAGAGACAUUGACACAGUUGUAUACGAAAAUAUUGGAAUUCCAGGCUCGAGCCCUAUGUUAUCUGGGAAAACAUUCGAUUACCAAACUUUUAAGCGAUAUGUUCAAACACGAUGGAUGGGAUGCGCUGCUCCAGGGGAUUGACAGGCUCGAGGUCUCUGAGAAGAGAUUUGCUGAUCUCCUUGAUGCUGUGGAAGUGAGACAGAAACUUGAAACCCUUCAAAGUGCUGUAGACAAAAGCCAGUUGUGGCAAACAACAACUGCCCGAGAUGAGAAGGCCAGCAAGUUUUUAAGACUUCUGUACACCUGUCCUUACAAGGACCAAAAGGAAAGAAAUAACGAUCGUGUUCCAGGAACAUGUGAAUGGUUCACAAGCCACGUUCAGUUCCAGAGCUGGAACCAAAAUAAUGGGCCAAAUUUGCUAUGGGUUUCGGCGGACCCAGGUUGCGGGAAAUCAGUCUUGGUGAAGUAUUUGGUUGAUGCAGUUCUUCCUACAAGGACGAGAACGGUUUGUUACUUCUUUUUCAAGGACGACUUUGAAGACCAGAGGAGCUCAACAUGUGCUCUCCGUACAAUUCUACGGCAGCUUUUUCUUGCACAGCCUCACAUAUUGCAUGACUUGAUAUUGGACAAGGUUGAGGCAGAUGGGGCCCAGCUUACGGAUUCGUUUUGCGAUCUCUGGGAAAUUCUGACGAGCGUAGCCAAUACUCCAAGCUCUGGGGAGGUGGUAUGCGUAUUUGACGCCUUAGAUGAGUGUCGAGAAGCUGACCGAAUCCGAUUCACCCGUGCAGUGAAAAAUCUCUUUAUCCCAGAGCCCAGAGUGUCUAACUUGAAAUUUCUUAUAACGAGCAGACCUUACGAACACAUCCGCCGUGGGUUCUGGGAACUCGAAGCUCAGCUACCAAAAAUUCAUCUCAGUGGUGAGAACGAGGUUGAAAUCGAGAAAAUCAUGAAAGAGAUAGACCUCGUUAUCAAAGAGCGGAUUAGCCAGAUUGGCAAGCAGAAGUCUUUGGAAAUUCAAGAGUGUGAAUUUCUACAGGAACAGCUCACAAGCAUUCCCAACCGUACCUAUCUUUGGGUGAGCCUCGUAAUAGAUGUUAUCGAGAACACGACCGGUUUCACAAAAGGGAACGUCCGUCGAGCUAUACAGUCACUACCUCGGACCGUUGAUGACGCGUACGAGAAGAUCCUGAGCCACAGUCCUGAUAUCGAUAAAGCAAAGACCCUUCUACAUAUUGUUACUGCUGCAAAGGAACCGCUAUCCCCAAAGCAGGUAUCUCUGGCCAUGGCCAUUAGUCCAGAGCACCGAUCCUACACGGACCUUGAAGAAGAGCUAGAGUCGGAGCAUGGGUUUCGGAGAACUGUUAGGGAUCUAUGUGGACUCCUCCUAGUCAUCAUUGAUGAGAAGAUCUACCUACUUCAUCAGACCGCGAAGGAGUUCUUGGUCCGUGACGAAUUAUUGGCACCGCUUAGUGGUGAGCCCUUUCUUUCUAACUCAUGGAAGCAUUGUCUCCAGCCAGAGGAGUCGAACAAAGUACUUGCCGAAAAAUGCAUUUGGUAUCUAAGUUUAGCCAACGAGAGGGUUCACGGAGACCCUUUUUUCAGGUACGGAGCCCAUUAUUGGCCUUUACAUUUUCGUGAAUCUUGCAUGCUUGAGAAUGAUGCAAUAGCAGCACAGGCGCUGUGUCUUUGUGAAGCAGGAUCCAACAAACAUGAGGCAUGGGUACGAUACUGGAUACAGCGCGAGUAUGAGAAGAUUGGCCCAGCUGUAUCUUUCCGGUUCCCCCGCGCCCCCACAAUAUGCAUAGUAUCUUACUUAGGGCUCGAAGCAUUAGUGGGCAUGUUUCUCAAUGCUGGCGGAGUGGACAUGAAUGUUAAAGACCCCGAGUUUGGGUGCACGCCACUAUCGUGGGCUGCAGCAUAUGGGCAUGAGAUAGUGGUAAAGCUCCUUGUACAUUCGGGGAAGGUUGACCCAGACUCCAGGGAUAGUGAAGGCAAAACACCAUUAUCAUGGGCUGCAAGGCGUGGACAUGACAAAGUAGUCGAGCUCCUACUUGGUACAGGCAAGGUUGACCCAGGCUCCGAGGACUAUUCAAGAAGAACGCCAUUAUCAUGGGCUGCAAGCCGUGGACAUGACAAAGUAGUCGCGCUCCUUCUUGAUUCAGGAGAGGUUGGCCCAGACUUCAAGGUCAAGUCUCAAGUACUUGAUGUUGCAGGGGUAAAGUCUAGCCCAGGCCACAUGACCAAGGUGGAAGAAACGCCACUAUUUUUAGCUGCAGAUAGGGGACAUGACACAGUAGUCAAGCUCCUGCUUGAUACAGGCAAAUUUGACCCAAACUUCAAGUACGAUUUAGGAUUGACAUUACUAUCUUAUUCUGCACAGCAGGGACAUGAGAAGGUGGUAAGAGUCCUACUCGAUGCACAGAAUGUGGAUCCAGAAUCUAAGGACAUGGUGGGAAGAACACCGCUAUCAUUAGCGGCAAUGAGGGGCCAGGAAUCGGUUGUGAAUCUUCUGAUAACAUCUGGCAGGGUUGACCCAGACUCUAGAGACUAUACGGGCAGAACGCCAUUAUCAUUAGCUGCAAUGUGUGGACAUGGACAUGUAAUAAAGCAGCUAUAUGAUACGGGCAAGGUGGAUCCUGACUCCAGGGAUAAUGAUGGUCGCACUCCAUUAUCAUACGCUGCAGCACAUGGACAUGAGCGUGCAUUAAUGCAGCUAUAUAAUACAGGAAAGGUGAAUCCUGACUUUAGACAGGAUAGGGGAAGAACACCUUUAUCAUUCGCUGCAGAAUCUGGACAUGGACAUGUAAUAAAGCAGCUUUGUGAUACGGGGAAGGUGAACCCAGACUCCAGGGAUAUUGAUGGUCGCACUCCAUUGUCAUACGCUGCAGAAGCUGAUUGGGGAGCGCAAGCAGCCAUAAAUUGCCUGCUAGAAGUUAAAAAGCCGAACCCCGUUGUACUCUCACAUGCUGUGGCAGAUGAGCGGAGACGUCAAUCUGCCCUAAAGGCGCUGCUAGAAACUGAGGAAGUGAACGUUGAUUCAAUGGACAACUGUGGACGCACUCCUCUCUCUUAUGCUGCGGCAGCUAAGUGGCUAGAUCCACAGCCCUUAGAGGCGCUUCUUAAAACCGGGAAGGUGAAUGUUGAGUCAAUGGAUGAAGAUGGGCGUACACCACUGUCGUACGCCGUAGAAGGGUGGAAGAAACUGCCUGAUGAGCUUGGGGGGACAAUAUUCUCAGCGGUAGAGCCACUUCUUGAAACUGGGGAGGCCAAUAUUAAGUCAAAAGACAAGCAUGGCCGCACGCCACUGUCAUACGCUGAGGGGGAUGGGAGGGAAGCUCUCAGAAAGCUACUCAUGGACGCUCUACAGUCAAAGGGGUAA